AUGCCCCCCGACUCGGAGCUGACGCCUUGGUGUGUACAUAAACCUCAGCAGCUCAUUGGAGAUGAGGAGGAAGAAGAAAAUUAUCAAAAAGAAUUUGCUGCUGCUAAUGAAGUUUCGCUGCAGCAGCAGCCUCAGCAGCAGCAGCGGGAGCUGCGGGGAUCUGCUGCAGCACACGGCGACUGGGGAGCUGCUACGCGCAGCAGAAAUAUCAACCCUGUUUUGCUGCAGCGCUACAGCAGCAGUUCAGACGAAGAAGACUACGCAGGGCGGCAGCAGGAGCAUCAGCGGCAACAGCAGCAGCAGCAGCAGCAGCAGCAGCAGCAGCUGCAGCAGCAGCCCCAGCAGCAGCUGGAUGAGCCGCCCCUGCUGGUGGAGCAAGAGGAGGACAGCAGCGACGAGGAACUCGAUGACAUUCGCAGCGCCUUGGCCUAA